AUGGAAGGCACUCAGAUGGCUAAAUACUGGGUAGAUGGAAUGGAAAAUAAAGUUGAAUGUGUAGCAAAAUUUUGGUGCCGAAACCCGGGAGAACAUGAAGAGAGCUUAAACACCACCUUGAUCAGCAUAGAAGCCGCAAUAAACUCACGACCCAUCACUCAAGGAGAGAGUGACACUGCACUGACGCCAGCCCACUUUCUAAAUGGUGAGAAAUUAGUAACAAUUCCAUGUGGGCCAGAGCCAGCAACUAGAAAGGACCUUGCCAAGGAGUUCCGACUCAGACAAAAGGUCAAUGACGACAUCUGGCGCAGGUGGAAGACAGAAUACCUCCUACUGCUAAGACAAUAUCAUGAGGUGAAGGGAUACCCUUCACAGAGGAAACCGAGAAUUGGAGAGGUUGUUCUGCUCCAAGAAGACAGCAAACCACGGCACUUGUGGAAGAGGGCUGUGGUAGAAGAAGUGCGGCAUGGCAGAGACAGUAAAAUACGGUGCAUCAUCCUCCGCCAUCCAGAUGGUAUGAAGAUCUGUCGACCGGUCCAGCUGGUCAUCCCCCUCGAGAUGGACCAGGGUGGGGAGGAUGUCGGGGAAUGA